AUGGCGCUCUUGUUCCUCUUCUCGACGGUGUGCACGAUCAUCGGCUUCGUGCUCACUGUUCUCGGCCUGUUUGCCGGCAACACACCCGGUUUUAUGGAGGAGUUUUCUGUCAUCAUGCUCAACACAUCCGCGUUGGGACGAAAUUAUGUGCCGUCACUCAACCAACCGGCCACGCGUGAUUUGUCUCACGUUGUCGUUCUAGCCGACGAGGACGCCAGUGUGGCGACGAGCGAGGUGGUCGUGGAGGUGGCACCGAGUCCAGCGAAGGCGACAACUAUCACCAACGGCGACAAACCCAAGACGUACUCCAUCCAGGACGAAAGGGCGGCCGAAGCCGAGGCAAAGGCGGAAAAGGCGGCAAAGGCCAUGGCCGCCCGUAAGCUUGCCCCACGCAAACUGACCCUGUCGGCAGCCGAGGGCGUUCUGGCCGGUAUGCCGGCCGACUCGGCCGCCGACGAUAUGGCGGCUGUGCUCGGCGUCAGCGAAUUUUACUCGCUGCAUGUCAUGAACGUCUGCGAGGGCACCUUUGCGCCCAAUGCCACGGCCGACGGCGCGUGGCGCAACGUGUCCUCCUGCACGGUCCAGCUCAACGCCCACCAGCUCAACAUCUCCAACCUCAUUGACAACGAGCUCAACGACAACUUUGUCGACGGCGGCAGCCUCGCGCGCCUCGGCGGCUCGAGCAGCCUGCAGUCCGCGCUCAACCGCAUCCCCACACUGGGCAUUGUGCUGGCCGUCUUCUACAUCGUGGCGGCCUGCUGCGCCGGUCUGGGGCUCCUGCUUACGGCCGCCUCCGUCGUCACGCGCGUCACGCACAGCCGCGAGACGGUGCUGGCCAACCUGGCUGCCGCGUCCGGUGCCGCGCUGGCGCUGCUGAUUGCCGGUCUGGUGUCGGCGGUGGCGGCCAAGUCGACGGUGGACUCCAUCAACCGGCUGGGCAAGGACACGAUCGGCAUGGAGGCGUGCCAGGGCUACAAGUUUGAGGCGCUGACAUGGGCGGCGUUUGGCCUGAUGACGGUGGCAGCACUGUUCUGGCUGCACGAGCUGCAAGCGGACGCCAAGAAGGCGGCGGCGGCGGCAGCAGCCAAGAAGAAGGCGGCGGCAGCUGCGGCACCCAAGAAGUGA